AUGCGUUCUUCCACAGCAAGUUUGAUUUUGGCCUUCUGCGCCAUGUUGGCAGUUCAGGCAGCGCCAAUGAAUGUAGCCACCAAUGUCGCUCGUUCAGUUUCUGGUAUUGAGACUAGAGGAGAGUUUGGGCUUAUUGCCCGUGAAGAUGGAUAUGAUGCGAAUGGUGAUGAGAUAGAUUCAAACGGGAACUUGGUCGAACGUGAUUCCGAUUACAAUGCGGCUGGCGAUGAAAUCGACGAGAAUGGAAACUUAGUCGAAAAGAGAGCCAAGAAGGCUAAGAAAGCCAAGAAAGCUAAGGCACGCUCUGAAAGUUCCUAUGAUGAGGCCGGCAAUGAAAUUGAUGCAAGUGGUAACUUGGUCGAUCGUGAUUCUGAGGGAUAUGAUGCUGAUGGAAACGAAAUUGACGAGAACGGACAAUUAGUCGAUCGUGACACAGGAUACGAUGCUGAUGGAAAUGAGAUUGAUGAGAACGGACAAUUAGUCGAUCGUGAUACAGGAUAUGAUGCUGAUGGAAAUGAGAUCGAUGAGAAUGGGCAAUUAGUCGACCGAGACACAGGUUAUGAUGCCGAAGGGAACGAAAUCGACGAGAACGGACAAUUAGUCGACCGGGACACAGGCUAUGAUGCCGAAGGGAACGAGAUCGAUGAGAAUGGACAACUAGUCGACCGCGACACAGGCUAUGAUGCCGAAGGGAACGAGAUCGAUGAGAAUGGACAACUAGUCGACCGCGACACAGGCUAUGAUGCCGAAGGGAACGAGAUCGAUGAGAAUGGACAACUAGUCGAUCGUGACACAGGAUAUGAUGCCGAAGGAAACGAAAUCGACGAAAAUGGACAACUAGUCGACCGGGACACCGAGUACGAUGAAGCUGGAAACGAGCUAGAUUCCAACGGAAAACUUGUCGAGCGCAGCACGACUACGAUUACUAAGAAGGCUACCAAAGCGCGCAGAGACGAUGGCUAUGAUGCAGAGGGCAACGAAAUCGAUGAGAAUGGUAACUUGAUCGAUUAG